UUUUUGUGAUUUUGUUUCAUUUUCUUUUCUCUUUCACUUUUUACUGAUGUGCGAUGACCUUCACAUCAAUACAAAUCUACAUGUGUUAUAACAAGCUCAUUAGGACAUUUGGAUAAUUUGUCGCACUAUGACAAACAUUCAGACAAGGAAAUCUACAUAAAUGAAUUCUAACGCAAGCUACUGUGAAUGGCAAUAAAAGUGAGGGGCGCGGAGAUGUAGAGAAACGUUUCACAAAGUCGAGUUUAUCCCUGUCAUAUGAAACUAAUAAGGUGCCAAUAUUACUUAAAAAUAUGAAACGUAUAUUCAACUGUCUUGUUUAUUCUCAAUGCUGAGCAAUAGAUACUCUAUAAGAUCCAAUGAGAGAGUCUUAAUUGCAAUAAGCAUAAAUAAGAAGUGUGAAAAUAGGAGUAAAGAAAAAAAACAAAUAAAAAAUAACGAGAAAUAAAAUUAAGAGAUUUCAUCAAGAGUCCGUUGAAAGAGGUUGUACCAAUUAUAUCGAUUUACAAUUGGCUAUCAAUGGCAAAGAAUUUCGUAAUAUUUUUACAAUCAUUGACCGUGCAAUAUUUCGUUCAUUUAAAAUUUACAUACGUGCAACCCUGCACAAUGCCCAAAAUCAUAAGCAUGCUACAUUUUUUUAUUCGACUGAUUUGUGCCAAUUACAAAAAAAAUUGAUGCAAAUUGGUUAAAUUUUUGUCAAUUCACGUCACAGUAUUUAAUGGUUAAUAAUUUUGUAAAAUAUAUUCCGUUGGUCUACAUUUAUAGAAGCUGAACUUAUUACCUGCUUCUAUCUUCAGUCUCAUUUUUUUUCGUAAAAAAAAUCGAUUGAACCAGUUGAUAUGCGAUCACCAGCAAAAGAGAAUGUUUUCACUUUCAAAUUAACUAUAUAAUUUUCUCUCUCUCUUGCCCGUUUCUGUAUCUCAUUCGCAGUUAUGAAGAUGUUGUCUGACCUUCAAACUGGUGCAACGUAAUUAUUCGAAACUUGGCCGAUUGGCGAGUAAUUGGGACGCAAUUGAAGAUGAACAAUAUUCAAAGAGAUGGCAAAAAAUGCUCCGAUUGGAGAUGGUCAAGCCCAUAUUGUGAGCCAACAAUCGGCAAUUGCAUCAGAUAUGAGCGAAUAUUCAUACUCAUCACAAACCAGCAACGGCAUCUCAGCUUCACAGCAAGGUAGAUUGACUCAAGCUCGAUCAGCCGAUCAAAGUGCAGCCUAUGUUGUCCAAGGACAAUAUUCAUACAUUGGAGCAGAUGGCCAACAGUAUACUGUUCGAUAUGUGGCCGAUGAAAACGGCUUUCAUCCAGAAG